CAAAACCGAAAGUGUACACAAACAUUUUAAUCUAAAAUUCUAGGACUAAGAUCUAUUAAUAUUUGUAUGAAGUAGGCCUAGUGUAGUAUUUUGUUGUCGUUUAAUACUCAGGAAAGUAUUUAUUAUAAGUAUAAGUUAAUGAGACAUAAAAAGGCUAUGGAAUUUUAAGCAGGCCUAGCUCACUGUUGAGUGAUUGUUGGUUGACUGACUGUGUUCUCAUUUGGCGAUUUGGCAAUGAAAGUUUUUCAGUUUUGUGUUUUGGUAUGCGGAAUUGCAGCUGAACUCCAAGAUCAGUUGAGAUAUUUUGAGGUCCUCAACCAUGUAGACAUCAAGGUCAGGAAGAAGAGGAGUAUAGAUAACCCUGGUAAAGAAAAUAAAGAUGUCAGCUUUUCUGCUUUUGGGAAGAAAUUUGACUUGGUCCUCAGUCCUGGCUCUCCUGCUAUAGCUGGAGACUUCAGCGCUAAACUGGUCUACAAAGAUGGGUCGUCCUCUCCGCUUUAUGUCAAUCAGAACGAUUUUUACACUGGGCAUUUAUUAGGAAACAAAGAUAUAAAAGCAGAUGCUUAUACAGAAGAUGGAAUAUGGAGUGCUAAUGUUUAUGAAAAAGAUGAAAUUUAUUCUUUAGAACCAUCGUGGCGGCAUCUUCCACCUUCAGACAACCACAGCAUGAUUGUGUACCGUACAUCUGACAUCAAAUGGAACAACAUCUUCCCAGAUAUAGAUAAAAGCCCUAACAAAACGGUAAAAAUCUGCCAAUCAGCCCAUGCUGAAGAUGACCCUGAGUAUGUGUCAGUCACUGAGGAACUCUUAGAACAAGAAAGGGAAAACAGAAAACAUAUACCAAGACGUGAGCGUGCGUCAGUUGCACAGGACACAUGCCCCAUCAUUGCAGUAGCAGACUACACAUUCUUCACUGGGCCUGGGGGUGGCUUCCCUCAUAGGACAGCAAAUUACAUUAUCCAAGCUAUUCAAAAAGUGAACGCAAUUUACAGGAGGACAGUGUGGAAUGAUGAGUUGCAACUUAAAGGCUAUGGUUUCCAAAUCAAAGAGCUGAGGAUCCACCCAGAGCUGACAGAUGCGAGUCAGUACCACUCCAAUGGGCAGCACUACAACAUGAAAAAUGGCACAUGGCCUGACAACGAUUUGCUAACGCAAUUUGGUUUGGAUAAAGAUUUCCAUAACUUUUGCUUGGCACAUCUCUUUACACAUCGUCCUUUUGCUGGUGGAGUUCUUGGCCUUGCCUAUAUUGCUUCACCCCGCAAGUAUGCAAACGGUGGAAUUUGUUCAUUGAUACGAAAUAACCCAAGGGCAUAUAACACUGGUUUUAGCUCUACCAUGAAUACCAAGGGAAGCAAUCUGUUGACACAGGAAGCAGUGCUGGUUACUGCUCAUGGCCACAACUGGGGAGCUGAGCAUGACGCAGACACUAAUGAAUGUGCCCCUAGUUCUUUCAACAAGGGAAGAUUUCUCAUGUACCCUUAUGCUGUCAGUGGCUACGAUGAAAACAACGAUGACUUCUCACCUUGCAGUAAAAGGUACAUCACCUCAGUUCUUCAGACAAGAUCUAGCUCAUGCUUUAGAGGUAAGGAUUUCUGUCAUUAUUUACUAGGACUAGAACCAGAGACGCAAAGUGACAGAUACACAGCUAAUGUCCCCAUGUGUGGCAAUGGCAUCAUUGACAAGGGAGAGGACUGCGACAGUGGUGGCCUUGGUUUAACUGACAGAGACCCUUGCUGUUCCUCUCAGUGCAAGUUUAAAGGCAGCGCCACUUGCAGCUCAACCAACUUUGAGUGCUGUGAGAACUGUCAGAUGGCACCUCCAGGCGUCAUGUGUCGGGGUCGGAGUGUAGAGCAGUGCCAGGAAGCUGCCUAUUGCUCUGGUCUUAGCCUGGAUUGUCCACUUUCACCCCCAAUAGCAGACUCACCUGUCACUAAAUGUAUAGAUGAAGGCUACUGUAAAGGGGGACGAUGCUUGGACUAUUGUGAGAGACAGCAGAUAGGGCUACAGCCCUGCUUGUGUACUGAAUCUGGUCAUGAGUGCUUUAGGUGCUGUAGGUCCUCUAAUGGUACUUGCAGAAGUUAUGGGGAUGGAAAGGAUCAUUUGGCUGAUGGUAGACCCUGUUCAUUUGGAUAUUGUGUGGCUGGGAAAUGCCAAAAGGGUAAAGCUAAUAUGAUCCAGAGAUUGUUUUCUUUCAUAGAACAACUUGACACUAGUACACUAGUUGCCUUCAUGAAGAGCAAUAUUGUUGGGACAAUCAUAGUGUUCUCCCUUGUUAUUUGGAUACCUGCCAGUUGGACUGUCAGCUGCAUUGACAAGCGUCAUGUCAAGAAGACAAGGGUCUAUGAGAACCGCUGGGUUAGUAACGAGGCACUUCUCAAUCUCUCCAUACAGAACACACUACUGGCCAACCAGUACAAAAACUACAACGUCAAGGAGGCAACACACAGACGGGUGGAGCCUUACCCAGGGCAGAGGGGGGCCAGGCCAGACAAGGCCAGGUUACCCUUACUGCAGUCAGUGGCGCCCCCACCUCAUCGUGUCCAGCCACCAGAGCCUAAAGUGACCACUACCUACAAGUUCAAGGAGCAACAAGAGUUUGAGACCAGUAUUUGACCAUGUUACCAGGCUAGCACUACGGUAGCUUAGGAUCAAGUAUUGCAUGAUUUUCUGAAUCAAACAUUCUUCAAUUGAUGAUGCCCUAUGCUUCAAGUUCAGUCAGUUCCAUUAUUACAAUUUGUGCGUCCAUUUUACUAGUUUAUUUCUAUUAUUUUAAAUUAUUUAAUCUUGAUACCCAUUUCAUAGAUAAAAAGAAUAUGUUGUUUUGACUUCUAAUUAUUUUUUAAAUAAUUUUUUACAAUCUGUUAUUAAUGGUACACAAUUCUGAUUUUCACUUUGUUUACAAUGUAAUUCUUUGAUUUUUAAUGUAACUUUCACCUGUGACCUUUCAUCAUAAAAUGUCAGCUGUAUGCUUUUUUGUGACUUUACAGUGUAACCAUUGCACAAGACCUCUCAUAGUGACCUUUCAUUGUAACUAGUUCAAUAGACCUCUCAUAGUGACCUUUCAUUGUAACUAGUUCAAUAGACCUCUCAUAGUGACCUUUCAUUGUAACUAGUUCAAUAGACCUCUCAUAGUGACCUUUCAUUGUAACUAGUUCAAUAGACCUCUCAUAGUGACCUUUCAUUGUAACUAGUUCAAUAGACCUCUCAUAAUGACCUUUCAUUUUAACUAGUCCAAUGUACCUCUCAUAGUGACCUUUCAUUGUAACUAGUUCAAUAGACCUCUCAUAAUGACCUUUCAUUGUAACCAGUUCAAUAGACCUCUCAUAGUGACCUUUCAAUGUAGCUAAUUUAACUGACCUCUCAUUAAUCUCCUUACUGAAUAUUGCUCAAAUCAGCAUUGUUAUUAAAUGUUAUGUUUUUUACCUAAUGUUAUUCUUGAUGUCAUAAUGUAAGAUGAUCGUAUGUCGUUGUUUGGUGUCAAGCUUAAAAAUAAUGUCUUCUUUCUAUAACUUUUGUCAGUGAAAUUCAUAAUGUAAACAUUCCUCACAAAUUCAUUAAUGACAUUUGACAGUAUAGAUCUAUGGUAAACUUGACGUUAACCCAGUAUCUAAGUACAUUUAAUGUUGAUGAUGUUCUUUUCAACAGUGUUUGAUCAUUUACAUGACAUGAUGGUAUACUUCAUUUAACAUAAUCUCCUUGUGAAAUUGACAUUAACAACAUCUCAUAUAGAUAACAUUAACUUCUGGUGGUAAAAUUGACAUGUAUGGUAAACUUGACACUUUUUUUUGUAAUUUUGACAUUUCUGGUGUAGUUUUACAUUGGCCGCACCUUUUGGUAUCUCAGUGUAUGUCAGCCGUCACCAGCAUUAACUUUCAUGUCAGCAUGAUGUAACACUGUUUGUUGAAACCUAGCUGGUGUUUAAUUACUCCAGUAGUUUCUUUUACCAUUGCCAUAAUCCAAAUUUAGCUCUGAAAAUAAUCAAUAUUUUAUACCAUAUGUUCUAAUAAUAGGCCUUAUUAUUGUUUUUCCAAUUUUUCAUACUUAAUUUAGUUCUAUAAAUAACUAAUAUUUUUUAGAUUCUACUUCUGUUUUAUAGCUUUCAUUAUAAAAAUUGAUUUUAUAAUGUCUUGCACUGAAUCAUAUUUACUGUUCAUGCAAUUUUUUUUAUACUUCCUAGACUAUAUAAAUUUUGUUGCUAGACUAUUAUUAUAAUAAUUUUUAUAAUUCUAAUUAAUCAAUCAAAUAUAUGAUAAGCUCUGCAGCUUUUGUAUUUUGUUGUGUACUUUAAUUUCCAUGUAUUUAAAUAUUCAGGUUUUUUAGGGUUGUGAAUUUUCCUUUACACGUAUAUAUAAUAUGAGUUUGCACUUAUAACUGAACUUAACACAGUAAAAUAUUUCAGCAUUGCUCUUGUGUUUUAACCUAACCUUUUCCAUUGAGACUUUAAAAAAAUAAUAGUUUAACCAUUGCAAGAUAUUGGCAAAAAUUAAUGGCUAGUCAUCAAACAGUGUAUAAGUACAAUCUAUUCCAUCUGUUUUAUUUAUAAAGAAAACAAACAGCUUUUCAUUUGAUGAACUUUGACCUUUAAAGUAAAUAUAUUUUGGAAAAGUUUAUAGUUCAAUCUAUUGUGUCUAAUUCAUGAUGAAUUAUUUAAUUAUUGUAUAGAUUUUCACUGAGUCAGUAUAUUUAAUGCCAAUAGUAAUAACUGUUACUUUAUAGGUUAGAAUAAAUCUAAUGUUCAUUGGUGGAACUGAGAUUUAAUUGGGGAUCAGUUUUUAACUGGUAAUUUGCAUUUGUUUACCUCAAUGCAAUGAGAGCUCUACCAUUCUCCUUCACUGAUUGGUUAACAUUCCCCCAUGUGAUCUCAUGUGCCACAUGGUUGCUGAUAGUUUUUUGUUCUGCUGUGUUCUAUUUAUGUUUGGUUGACACCAUUAGUCCUAGCUUUAACCCUUGUUUUACCUGCCAUGUAUUAAUUGUGUGCACAAACCACAAUCACAGCCAGAGGCGUAGCGACCCUUCCCGGCGCCAGGGGACAAACUUUCAAUUUGGCGCCCCCCUCCCAUACAUUUUUUAUAUUUAUAAUCCAAAACUGAAGCUAAAAUGAGCUUUUAAUUAUUUUUUUUCAACCCAUUUUGGCGCCCCCUAGGGUCGGCGCCCUGGGACAUAUGUACACCCCCCCCCCCGUCUUGUUGCUACGCCUCUGGUCACAGCUAUCCUUUGUGGGAGUAGCCUAUAUUGCUUCUCUAGAACCAGACUUGUAACUCCAGUUUUCAAAAAUGUUCACUUAAAUUCUUUCAUGUUUUACUUUUUAUUGUUAGUUUCUAUAUUAAGAAAUGGAAUUGCCAUAUAAUAAUGGGGACUGAUAUGCCCCAUGCUUAAAACAUUUAGAACUGUUUAUAAAUCUAGUUAAAAUUGAAAAAUGGAGUUAAACCUAUUUGACUCCAGAAAGUGAUAUUCUAACUUAACAUUUUAAAUAUUUAACUCCUGGAGAAUGUGCAUGUAGUCUUUGAAUGUAAUAAUCUGUGGACUGUGACUAACUUAAACAAGCAUGUUAUUUAACAUUCUAGAUUUAUUUUUAAAUCCUCAACUGGUUUUACUAAAAAAUGGCUCUAGCAUGCUUUUAUACCAAUUAUAUUUUACAUUGUAUGUGCUUUGUUAUUUAUUAUAUGACAGUUUAUUAAAUUUUAUCUAACAAUUUAUACCAUUAUCUCAUUUUACUGAAGUUUCACUUGCACUUUCAUUACUAACUCUUUUGAAGCCUUAUUCAAAUUAUUUUUUUAUAUACGAAGUUUUACCAUAAUUUCUUUAAAUUUACUAUUAAUUAAAUUCUUUAACCAACAUCAGUUACAACAACCUAUUUUAAAAUAAGUUUGAAUAUAUCAUAUUCUAUUUUUAGAUUUUAUCAGCAUGUCUUUAUAAAUAGAAUAGUUAAUGAUUUCUUUAGCCUGACAAAGCUAGGAUAAUAAUGUGACAUAAAUAAAAACUAAGCAAUGUUUAUAAUCCUAAGUAAAAGUGAAAUCAGCUCCAGUCAAAAAUCUAAAUGUUCUGCUGUGUUGUAAUCAAGAUGUCUUUUUAAAAAAUAUAUUAGAUUGUGCCUCUGUAUGUUUUAAUUACAUCUGUAUGUUCAGAUAAUGAACCUAAGCAAUAAUUAAAGAAAUG